CAUUGGUUCAGUAAAGUGAAGUGAAGAUUCAAAUAGUACUUAAGGAGGAAAACCAGAAAACUUGUUGAUUAGUUGAUAAUUAUUAAAUGGGUGAAGAUAAAAUAAGGAUUUGAUCAUUUCUUUUCUUCUUCUGAACAACUCUUUAAUUAAUUAGGAUUAUAUUUUUAAUGGCAUUGAAUGAUUUUUGUGGACAUCCAUUUUGGGAUGAACAACUAUCAUGGAAUUCAUCAAAUCCAAUCAUUACGCCAUGUCUUAGUGAAACUGCCUUACUUUGGGCCUCUUCUGGCUUCUUAUGGAUAUUUACACCUUUGGCUGUUUAUUUAACCGUUAAAAGCCCUAAGCCUAGUUUAAUUUGGACAUGGAGACUUUAUAUGAAAUUGUUUCUUUGUUUGGUGCUUUGUGUAGCGACAGCGUAUGAAGUUAUCCAUGUUUUCAUGAAAUAUAGCCAAAAUGAAAUCAUCUAUCCUUAUGAAUAUACUGCACCGGUUAUUAGGUUAUGUUCAUUCGCUAUCGCUACUAUAUUACUAUUACUUUAUAAACAAAAAGGUGUCUUGACCUCUGGAUUGCUGUUUAUAUAUUGGUUUUUCAUGGCUAUUCAAUCAUCACUCAAGUAUUGGGCAUUAAUUGAUUCCAUCCAAAAUCCUGGCUAUCGUGAAUGGACUUUUGAACAGACUGACUUGGUUUUGAAAUCAAUACAGUUAACAUCAAUUAUAUUAAUUUGUUUAUUGUAUUGUGUAGCAGAUUCUGUCAAUCAAAAUGAUAAGAGGAAAGCUAAUGCAUCAGGCAAUUUCGUCUCAUCUUCAUUCAUUUCACAACUCUUUUUCCAUUGGUAUGAUUCAAUGGCGUACUUAGGAUUUAAGAAAGCAUUGAUUCAAGCCGAUUUGUGGGAUCUACCGGAAGAAAGUCGAACAAAACUUAUUCAUGAUAACUUUUCUGAGUUAUUGACUGAAUCGCAGCAACGUUUAAAGCUAAUGAAUGCAAAGAAACCAGUGAGCAAAGCCAGAAGUAAUUUAUUCAGAACUCUAUUGAAAUCUUUUUGGCCAUGGUUAUUAGCUUGCUUCAUAUUGAAGCUGUUUUCAAGCUUAUUAGCCUUCGCAAGUCCACAAUUAUUAGAUUUGUUGCUUACUUUCAUACGUUCAAAUGAUCCAUCAUGGAAAGGUGUUAUUUUAGCACUUGGAAUGUUUGUUGCUGCUCUUUUACAAUCUUUAUUUGAUUCACAACAUGAAUUUUGGAUCCAAACAACUUCAAUGAGGAUGAGAUCAGCCCUCAUAUCAGCAAUUUAUCAUAAGAGCUUAAGACUGUCUGGUCUUGGACGUCGUGAUUAUACAAGCGGAGAGAUAGUUAACAUUAUGGCCGUUGAUACUCAAAGAAUCAUUGAUUAUGUGAAUACAAUAAACGUUUUAUGGUCUGCUCCAGUUCAAAUUUGUCUUUCUGUGACUUUACUCUGGUUCCAAUUAGGUGUUGCAUCUAUUGCUGGAUUAAUUUUCAUGACUGCCUUGAUUCCACUUAAUGCUUGUAUUAGAGCUGCUAUUAAAAAUUAUCAAAUCAAAGUAAUGGCAGAAAAGGAUAAACGAUCUAAAAUGAUGUCAGAAGUAUUGAACGGAAUGAAAGUAUUGAAGUUAUAUGCAUGGGAAGGUGCAUUUGAAGACAUGAUAAUGUCCAUCAGACAAAAUGAGAUUCAGUAUCUUAAAAGACAAGCAAUUUGGACUGCAAUCACACACUUCAUUGCUAAUUUUGCACCCUUCUGUGUUUCAUUGGUUUGUUUCGCAACUUUCGUCUUGAUUGAUUCAUCAAAUGUACUGGAUGCAAACAAAGCUUUUGUUUCCCUAUCACUGAUCAAUAUUUUAAGAAGUCCAUUGAUUCAAUUGCCUAUGGUUGUUACAUAUGGUGCUAACUGUAUCAUUUCCAUGAAAAGGAUUGAUAAAUAUCUGCAAGGAGAUGAGUUGGACCCAAAUGCAGUUGCCCACGAACCCAAUACGGCAACUCCGAUUCAAGUGAAAAAUGCAACGUUCAGUUGGUCACAAGACGAGGAAGAAGUCCUUACAGAUAUCAAUAUUGAAGUACCUCAAAAUAAACUAAUUGCUAUUGUUGGUACCGUUGGAAGUGGCAAAUCGUCGUUAUUAGCUGCACUUCUUGGUGAUUUGCAUAAAAAACAAGGAUCCAUUAAUGUACAUGGACGAAUCGCUUAUGUACCUCAAACUGCGUGGUUACAGAAUGCUACAGUUCGUGAAAAUAUUGUGUUUGGUGAAACCUUUCGCCAAGAAAAGUAUAACAAUGUGAUUGAGGCUUGUGCUCUUACUCCUGAUAUGAAAAUACUUCCUGGUGGAGAUAAAACUGAGAUCGGUGAACGAGGAAUCAACUUGAGUGGAGGCCAAAAACAAAGGAUAAGCAUUGCUCGAGCAGUUUAUUCAAAUUCUGAUGUGUACCUUUUGGAUGAUCCAUUGUCAGCUGUCGAUGCUCAUGUCGCUUCUCAUCUGUUUGACAAAGUAAUUGGUCCUAAGGGUUUGUUGAAACACAAAACUCGUCUAUUAGUAACACACAGGAUAACCUUUUUACCACAAGUUGAUCAGAUAAUUGUAAUGAAAGACGGUAAAAUCCAAGAAAGUGGGACUUACAAUGAACUGAUGGCUAAAAAAGGAGAAUUUGCUGAUUUUAUCAUUCAAUAUUUAUCUGAAUCUGAAACUGAUGAAGAUUUGCAAGAUGAAAAUCCAAUCAUGAUAGAAGCGAUGAAAGCUAGUGUUAAACCAGAGCUGGAAGCGAGAAGAUCUAAUCGUGCUGACUCAAUAAAUGCUCUCAGUAGGCAAGAAAGCAGAAUGUCCAUCAGAUCCGUCAGAUCAGUUUCAUCUCGAGGUUUAUCUUUGGAUAAAAAAAGGGGAGAAGACUUAAAGAAUUACAAUAUCGUUGCAACUGAAAAGGCUGAAACUGGUUCGGUGAAGUACAGUGUUUACUUUGAAUUUUUCCAAGCAGUUGGUGUCAUGGCUUUCAUUGUGACGAUUCUCUUUUAUGUCAUCGCAAAUGGAUUAAAUUUUGGAUCUACUUUAUGGUUAACUGAAUGGUCAGAAGAUGCUGAAGAUCCUACUAAACUUAAUGAUACUUCACUCCGUCUUUAUCGCCUCAGUGUUUACGCUGUUUUAGGUAUAGGAAGCUCAAUUAUGAUCUUUAUCAAUGCUACAAUUAUCGCCAUGGCUUUUUUGAAUGGCGCAACUUGGAUUCAUAACCAGAUGUUGAACAAAAUGAUUCGAGCACCAAUGAGUUUCUUUGAUACAACUCCAAUGGGAAGAAUCCUCAAUCGAUUCACGAAGGACAUUGAUAACGCUGAUACAACAAUUUCUCUCAAUUUUAGAGCUCUCUUUGUUUUAACUUUUCGUGGUUUGGUUGCGGUCCUUGGUAUAUGCACGGAGACUCCCUACCUUAUCUUUGGAAUUAUUAUUAUUGGUGUAUUUUACAUUUUAAUUCAGAAAUUUUACAUAGCUUCAUCUAGACAAUUACGACGAAUUGAAUCAAUCACCAGAUCUCCAAUUUACUCCCAUUUUUCGGAAACAAUUACUGGAUCAACAUCUAUUCGAGCUUAUGGAGCUACAGAUCAUUUUAUUCAAGAGUGUUAUCGUAAAGUCGAUAUAAAUCAUUCUUCGUUCUUUCUCAACAUUGGAGCAAAUCGAUGGCUGUCCAUUAGGCUUGAAUUGUUUGGUAAUUUAAUUGUAACCGUUGCUGCAUUUACUGCUGUCGCAACUAGAGGAUCAUCAACUGCUGGUGCAACUGGAUUAGCUUUGAGCUAUGCUCUUCAAAUAACUCAAGUGCUCAGUAUGUUGAUCAGAUCAGUUUCAAAUGUGGAAAAUAAUAUUGUUUCGAUCGAGAGAUGUCUAGAAUAUACCAAAAUAGAGUCUGAGGCUAUGUGGAUUGACUAUAAUAACCAACCUCGGAAUACUUGGCCUGAAAAAGGAGAGAUAGUUUUUAAAAAUUAUAGCACACGUUAUCGUGAAGGUCUCGAUUUGGUAUUAAAAAACAUAUUUUGUACAAUUAAACCUAAUGAGAAGGUUGGAAUAGUUGGUCGAACUGGUGCCGGUAAAUCAUCAUUAACAUUGGCUUUAUUCCGACUUGUUGAACCAGCUCAAGGUACAAUAGCUAUUGACGGUGAAGAUAUCUGCAAAUUUGGUCUUCACGAUUUAAGACAAAGAUUAACAAUCAUUCCUCAAGAUCCUGUCUUAUUUUCAGCGACUUUCAGAAAAAACUUUGAUCCAUUUCACAAAUAUUCAGACUCAGAAAUAUGGAAAGCCUUGGAACUAGCAAAUCUUAAGGAAUAUGUAGCAUCUUUAGAGUCAGGACUUGAUUAUUCAAUUGCUGAAGGUGGGGAAAACUUGAGUGUUGGACAACGUCAAUUAGUUUGUUUGACCAGAGCAUUGCUAAGAAAAACACAAGUUCUAGUUCUUGAUGAAGCAACAGCUGCAGUUGACGUUGAAACAGAUGAACUUAUUCAAGAGACUAUCCGUCGGGAAUUCGCAGACUGUACUAUAGUAACAAUUGCUCAUCGUUUGAACACAAUCAUGGAUUAUGAUAAAAUUAUAGUUAUGGAUAAAGGAAAGAUCGUCGAGUACGAUUCACCGAUCAAUCUGUUGGCUAAUAAAAACUCAAUCUUCUAUUCUAUGGCAAAGGAAGCUAAACUUGUUUAGCCAUAAAUAUCCAUUUCAUAUUUUUACUGUUCAAAAGUUAAAUGUUUAGAUUUAAUGAUUGUUUUUUUCAUUUUUGUUCAACAUACUGUUACAUUUUAAAUUGCUUAUACAGUAUUCGCCAUAAGCAAAAGUAUCCUUAAAUUAUUGUAAUAAAUAUUGAUUGUAGCAUGAUUCAAA